CGAAGCAGUGGAGCCUUGGACACCUGGGAACCAUUCAGGACCUGCUGGAGCGGGAGUGCGGAGUGGUCAUCGAAGGCGUCAACACCCCCUACCUGUACUUCGGCAUGUGGAAGACCGCCUUCGCCUGGCACACGGAGGACAUGGACCUUUACAGCAUCAACUACCUGCACUUCGGGGAGCCCAAGACGUGGUACGCGGUGCCCCCGGAGCACGGCCGGCGCCUGGAACGCCUGGCCAGGGAGCUUUUCCCGGGCAGCUCGCGGGGCUGUGAGGCCUUCCUGCGGCACAAGGUGGCUCUCAUCUCGCCCACGGUCCUCAAGGACAACGGCAUCCCCUUCGGUCGGGUCACUCAGGAGGCUGGAGAGUUCAUAGUCACGUUUCCCUAUGGCUACCACUCUGGCUUCAACCAUGGCUUCAACUGCGCGGAAGCCAUCAAUUUCGCCUCCCCGCGCUGGAUCGAUUACGGCAAAGUGGCCUCGCAGUGCAGCUGCGGGGAGGCCCGGGUCGCCUUCUCCAUGGACGCCUUCGUGCGCAUCCUGCAACCGGAGCGCUACGAGCUGUGGAAACGCGGGCAGGACCGGACCGUGGUGGACCACACGCAGCCCACGGCGCCGGGCAGCCAGGGCCUGAACGCCUGGAGGGAGAUCCUCUCGGCCGGGGGAGCCGCUCUCGUCCCGAGGCACCACCAGCCCCGCCGCGCUCCGCGCCCCCGUGGGCCUGUAGCCGCGGGCGGUGGGACCCGCCCGCGAGUCCCUGAGCCUGCUGUGUCCCGGAGCCUCUCGUCGGCCCGGGGUUCUUGCUCUGCCGCCCAGUUCGGGGCUGCGGCCACCAGCACCUCCGGGGAGCCCGGCCCGACCCAGCCGCCGACCCCAGGUCCAUCCGCCCCGGAUCGCCACCCAGCUGGAAGCUGUGGCCCUCGUCGUCGGCCUUGGGAACAGGGGACUCAGGAGCCAACUGCUCCCCCCAGGGCUAAGAGGAGGCUUUCCUUAGACAUCGCUCAGGACCCAGAGGCUCAGCCCCUGCCUGUGGAUGCACCCUCGCCGGACAACGCUCACCCGCUCAGCCCUGGGCUCCAGCAACCCGCCAAGGAUUCUGGGUGUGGUUGUGGCCCUGUCCCCUAAGCCCAGGGGAUGCCUUUCUACCCCACAGCUCUUGCGUGGGGAUCCUUUG